CAACAACCUACCCUUAGCCAACUCCACGCCAUACACGAUUGCACUGUUGAACCACCGUUUCAGAACACACAUAGCACCAAUCCUGCAAUACAACCAGCUAUGCCCCCCCAAUCUCGCACGAUCCCUGACGUAAAUCACACGGUCCUAUCCCGCUACCUCCCCCGCCUACAAAAGAUUCUCUCCUUAGCCUCGUACGCGGUGCUCUACACCUACAACCACGAAUCCGGAAUAUGGCAAAAGUCGAACACGGAGGGCUCGCUCUUCAUCUGCUCCCUUACACCUAUCCAGCAGCAGCAACAAGAAGAAUACACAAUAGUCCUGCUGAACCGUCGGGGCUUGCAAAACUUCAUCUACACCCUCACUGAACCGGGGAACAUUGAAUACACCGAGGGUGGGGACUACGUUAUGCUCCAGGGCGAGGAGGAGAAGAUUGUUUAUGGGAUAUGGGUGUAUGCUGAGCCCGGCACGUCCUCCGAGGGGGAUAGGACUAAGGUUGCAGAGUGGGUGAAGGAGUGUGCCAUGAGGUAUGCUGAGGGGGUGGCUAGGGCUGGGAAGGGGCAGGAGCAGCAGCAAGCAGUUGGGGGAGGUGUGGAUCUAGCAGGCGGCAGGAGCAUUUCCUUGACAGAGUUAUUCCAAAGUAGCUCACUCGCCACUGCUACCAUACCACAACCACAGCAGCAGCAUCACCACCAGUACCCGACACAAACAUAUACCCCCGCGCAGCACCAGCAAGAAGGAUAUUUCCAUCACCAACUAUCACCACCACCUCCUCCUCCUCCUCAAUCGCAGGAAGCCACUGGCAGUGAAUCGUUAAUGAGGUUAUUUGGGAACGCCAGCGGUAGGUGCACUGGCAGAACUACAUCGGGGCAUUAGUAUAUGUAUUCCUACUUUUAUCUUUUCUUUCUUUCUUCCCAGUUGCUUGAUAGGGCAUGUUGCUGCACAGUAUGAUACGACACGUGUGCCUAAUGUUAUCUCACGGCGUUAGGGCUUUGUUUCAACCUAUUUUGUUUCGUCUUCCGGUCUUUUAGCUUCGUUCGCUAUUUUAUAGGCACGGUUUCGCACAGGGA